AUGGGAGACACAUUCUACAGGACCUCGCAAGACGAGAAUCCGGUCAAUCGCGCACUCGUUAUAAACCAGCCUUCAGUCAAUCAACCCAAAAACCACUUCAACACGGCUGCCGAACAGAAUGAUAGCGGAGAUGCCGCUUGCAAGCCCGAUGAUUUUGUUGAUUCUAUUGCCGCCGACAACAAGGAAAAUUUUUCUGACACUGAACCUGAGGAGCCUUUAACCAUGAACAGCAUCGAAGAUCCAGACGGUGUCCCUGCCUGCGGCCAUGACGCCGCGCAAGUCGUUCCCGAGAGGUCGUUGACUGCUACGGCGCCCUACAUCGAUGUCGUCGUUGAGGGAAAGUCAACUCUGAUCUCCAAGCAUCUGCUAUGUUCACAAUCUUCCUUCUUCGAUCGCGCUCUCAAUGGAUCAUUCAGAGAAGCUCAUGACAACAGAAUCAUCUUAGAGGAGCCCUACGAGUUGUUCCAAAUCUUCCACACCUGGCUCCUCGAGGGUAAGCUGGACUUUGUUAAGCCAGACUCCAACGCAAGCGUUGAUGAUCUUGUGGAACAACGUCAGCUGGCGCUUCUCGAGACCUAUGUCUUCGCCGACAGACUAGGCAUCCCAAAGCUGAAUGACGAUGCGCUUCUACAACUGGACAAGAUUCUCAGACCUUCAGGACGCCCGGGCCGAGCAAGUGUCGAUUGCAUCUACAAUGCCUCCGAAUUUCUUCCCGAAAGCUCUGGUCUCUGGCAAUAUCUGAUCGCUCUUGAGAAAGACGCAAACAGAUGUCGCUCGCCCCGUCGUGCGCUUGCGGAUCUUGUUGAUCUCCCUAAUUCGUUCAUCAGUAAAGUGCUCGAAUCGACCGCAGACAACAGUGAGGUAUACGUAAGGAUCAAAAAUCAGCCUUUCAAUCUGUUCUCACUCUCAAAACAUGUCUGCGACUACGGUGGUUACGGAAAGGUUGAGCAACUUCGCAAGUGGGGAGUCAUAUGUAUGAAAAUGGGAAUCAGCUUAAGCUUCCAAAGCAAAAUCUUCUUGCAGGUGCGCGAUGCCUACGCAUACUGGCUGGCUCCCUUUGACGAAGAGUUCUCAUCAGAGGAGAGGCUGCUGCUCGAGAGCAAAUGCUCAAGACCAUUCGUCAAACAGUUCUUCCAAGCACCUGUGGCUUCUACGGUUGGCGCAAUGGCUAGAUUGCAGAUCAGAAACUAG